AACGAGAACGCACACUCUCUCUCUUCCCCCAGUUAAACACUCCCCAAUCUCAGUCAACGGAUCAGCUCCGGGCAUGUUUGCUAAGCCGUUGAGCUCUCCCGUCGUGCAGCCCGACUCGUCCAAAGGAAUUUGAUUUCGAGAAUCGCCUAAGAUCGAAUGGCCUCCUCGCGCUACCAGGUGGAGGUGACCCUCAUCGGGGCCAAGGACCUCGAGAACGUCGACAGCCGCCACGGCCCUCUCCGGCCAUACGCCGUCGUCUGGGCCGACCCCAACCAGAAACGCCCCACCCGUGUCGACCCCGAAGGCGACUCCUUCCCCGUCUGGGACCAGACCCUCCCCAUCCCCUUGCCCCCGGGAGCCGCCGUUGACGAUGUCAUGCUGCACGUCCACAUCGUCCACGCCAGCUCGGAGGAUGGCAUCAGGCCGCUGAUCGGUUCGGCCCAGCUGAGGCUGCGCGAUGUCCUCGACGACGACAACGGAUAUGGCGGCGCCAAGAGGUGGAGCCUCCAGCUGAAGCGGCCUUCGGGCAGGCCCCACGGGAAGGUCGACAUCAAGGUCGCGGUGAGGGAGACGCGCUACAGGGCGCCUCCCACUGCCUAUGGGGUCCGGCCGCCGCAGGCGAGCAGGGAGUACGCUGCUACGCCGGCAUACGGAUCGGCAUACACCGCUCCGCCGGCAUACCGGUCGGCAGACAGCAAACCGUAUGCAUCGCCGCAGCAGCCUCAGUAUGAGCGGCGGGAUCCAUACUAUCCGAAGGCUCCGCCGGAGGUCGACAUCAAGGUCGCGGUGAGGGAGACGCGCUACAGGCCGCCUCCCACUGCCUAUGGGGUCCCGCGGCCGCAGGCGAGCAGGGAGUACGCUGCUACGCCGGCAUACGGGUCGGCAUACACCGCUCCGCCGGCAUACCGGUCGGCAUACAGCAAACCGUAUGCAUCGCCGCAGCAGCCUCAGUAUGAGCGGCGGGAUCCAUACUAUCCGAAGGCUCCGCCGGCUGGGUACCCGAGCUACGGUGGGACGUCGUACGACCAAGCGCCGUCGAGCUACGGGCAGGAGGGCAAGAAGAAGAAGAGCAAGUUCGGGGGGAUGGGGACGGGAUUGGCCGUGGGUGGGCUCGCGGGGGUGUUGGGUGGGCUCGCGCUGGCCGAGGUAGCUGAGUAUGUGGAGAACAAGAUUACCAACCACGCGGCGGAGAAGGCCGAGGACGAUCUCGCCUACCAAGACGACGGUGACGGCGACUACUACCAAGAUGACGGCGAUGACUAUCAAGAAGAUGGCGGCGAUGGCAACGACUAUCAAUAUGACGGCAACAACGAUGGCCAAGACUAUCAAGACAGCGGUGGCGGCGGCGACGGCAAUUACUACCAGUACGGUGGCGACUAUGGCCAAGACUAUGGUGACGGCAAUGACUAUCAAAACCAUGGUGACAAUGGCGAUGAUGGCCAAGUUUACGUUGAUGGCAAUGACUAUCAAGACGACAGCGGCGACGGCAAUGACUAUCAAAACCAUGGUGGCAAUGGCGAUGAUGCCCAAGUUUACGGUGAUGGUGAUGACUAUCAAGACGACGGCGGCGACGGCAAUGACUAUCAAAACCAUGGUGGCAAUGGCGAUGAUGCCCAAGUUUACGGUGAUGGUGAGGACUAUCAAGACGGCAGCCACGGCAAUGACUAUCAAAACCAUGGUGGCGAUGGUGAUGAUGGCCAAGUUUACGGCGAUGGCGAUGACUAUCAAGAAGGCGGCCACGGCAAUGACUAUCAAAACCAUGGUGGCAAUGGUGAAGAUGGCCAAGUUUACGGCAUUGGCGAUGACUAUCAAGACAACGAUGGCGACGGCAACGACUACCAAUACGACGGCAACGAUGGCCAAGACUACGGUGACGGCGAUGGCGACGGGGAAGACUCUCAAGAUGACCGCGACGACUACUAUUAGCCACUCACUAUUGUUUGUCUCGAUAGGUGCUUCCGAUUUUCAUCUGUAUCAUGGGAUGAAUUAUAUCGUCUCUUGAUCUUUCUCUAUGUCAACUUUUGCUUUUACUCCCAAUGUCAAAAUGGAUCCACAACGAGGGACGAAUCAAGCAUUAAAAGCGUUUUAAAUUAAUUUUGGAGCACAUCAUCGUUCAA